CUUUCCACUUUCCAUUUCUUCAAUUCUUCACUUUCCACUUUGACCUCAAAAUCCAAAGCUUUUUCACAUCAAUGGCGUUGGAAUGGGUUGUUCUGGGCUACGCUGCCGGAGCAGAAGCAAUCAUGCUCCUUCUCCUUACAAUCCCGGGUCUUGACCCGCUCCGACAAGGCCUAAUCUCUGUGACCCGAAAUCUCCUCAAGCCGUUCCUCUCAAUUGUACCUUUUUGCCUCUUCCUCUUAAUGGAUAUCUACUGGAAAUACGAGACCCGACCCACUUGUGAAUCGCCCGAAUCUUGUUCCCCAUCUGAACACUUACGUCAUCAGAAAUCAAUUAUGAAGUCUCAGCGUAACGCGCUUCUCAUCGCGUGUGCUAUAACCUUUUACUGGUUGUUGUAUGCUGUUACUGGUCUCGUUGUGAAAGUUGAGCAGCUGAAUAAGCGCGUGGAGAAGUUGAAGGCUUCGGAUUGAUCUGGUAUGAUUUGAUGGAUCGUGUUUUUGGGUCUUUUUAGUUUCGGAUCGGAUGUAAGAUCCAUUUUUUGUUGCUGCUGCUAAAUAUGGAGUAUUUAGUGAAUUGGGUAUCAUUUUUUCUGCUUUAGUUUAAGUUAUCGUUGAAUAUUUAUGUUGCUAAGCUUAUUACAUGUUAUAUUACUAUGCUGAUUUUUGAUAUUCUACUGUUUAAAGGUAGUGCCUUUUAUUAAAUUUUGGAUUUGGUUAUUAUUA